GUUUCGAAAUCUCUUUUGAAAUUGUGUGUUUUGAUUUCUAACGAUUUAUGAGUAUGUUUGUCUUGAAUGAGCUCAAGAUGUUUACUACCACCGUCAUCAUCCUUAUAAUGUUUAUACGAUAAUCAUACAACAAUAAUAUUCGUUGAUUGUGAAUUAAAAAAAAAACCCAUAUCAACGAUUAUUAUAGAUCCAUUAAUCAUAAUGAGCACAAUAACCGGUAGUUAUGUCUAUAAUGAUAAUUAUGUGGAAACACCGCGAAGAUAUUUUUCACUUGGUAUUCUAUGUUGUUGUAUUGCCGGUUUUAUCUUUUUUAUCGGUAUCAUUUUAAUGGUUUUUGGUUCAUCACCAUCGAUACCAGAAGCGAUAUGGAUAACGGGUAUUGUAUUCCUAUUGAUUGGUGGUCUAUUGUUUGUCAUGGGUGUUUCAUCUAUUGGCCUAUAUUUUUCACGUGAAGAUAAACGUAAAAGUGAAAUUGAAUUUAUGAAUUCUGAAUUUACAACGGCUGCUGCUGCCGCAGUAGCCGCAAAUUCCGCCAUUGGAUCAUCAUCAUCACAUCGUAGCAUUCAUUCCAACAAUGUUUACCUCAUCGAAUAAUCAUCGCUUUUGUUAUAAAUCCGCCAACCAAUAAUUCUUUGAUUAC